CUAUACAUACAUGCUGUGAAGCCAGUCAUUCAACUGAGAGACAUGGAGCGUGCUGUCAACCAGGAACUGGAGGAUUUGGACAACACCACUCAAGAGGUCGUCGCUCGAGCGGCCUCCUGGACUCCUGCUGUCGGUCAAGAUGUGGAGGAUGUGGACUCCACCAUCGAAGAGGUCAUCGAGAGAGUCGUCUAUGGGACCGCCAAGGAGGGUCCCACCAGGGUCACCUUGUCCCGGAGGCGCUCGGCCUCCAGAAAGGACUUGGCUGUGCUUAAAGAGCCGCAGGGGAGCGAGACUGGCCGACCCGGGGACCCCUGCCCAUGGUGUCAUCAAGCCAGACACGUCUCCACUGGGCACGCAAUGUACAAGGAUGAGUUCUUCUGCUCCGUCAAGCAAGGGCAUGAAGGACAGUCGAUAGAUCAGUGGCUGUGCAAGCAGCGUGGGAGCCAAGCGGAGGACACCACCCCUCGGACUACAGAGUGGAACCUUGCACAGCGCCUCAAGAGGGAAGAAGCCGAGGAGGAGCGUGAUGGUGAUGAGAAAGAGGCUCCACGGCGUAAAAAGAGCAAACCAUAUAAGCUGAGGAUCUGCCAACAAUGCGGCCAGCCAAAGCAGAAAGAUUAUGGCCACUGUCAGUAUGGAGGACAGCAUUAUUGUGCGCUUCAUGGCUGCAAAUCCGCCAGGCUGUGGCUGGCCGAAAAGCGACAGAAGAUACCGUGAGGAAGGACACGCAGUGGGGUGCCGAAUGUUUUUGUCGUUACAGCUAGGAUAGGUGUAAUUGUGGUGUUUUGAUAAAUGAAAUAA